AUGGCCUUUGGGGAGCUCAGAAAACUUCUUCCUACAUACCCACCAGACAAAAAACUCUCAAAACACGACAUUCUUAAACUUUCUAUGAAGUACAUUACAUUCUUAAGCACUGUACUUAAAGAAAUGGACUCUAACGAGCCUAAUAUUUGCUCUGAUUGCGGUGUCCUGGGUAAUGAGGACUCGUCCAAGUGUUCAGCAAGCCCAUCUGGCUCAACGUCAUCUAGUGACUGUGGGGUUUUGUCAACCAAGUUAGAUUUGGAACAUGUUAGUGUUGAGUCACUAACCUCUAAUAUUCAGCUUGAAGAAGCAAACAAAUGAUCUUUCGAGCAAGAAUAUUGUGUCCUUUUUUGGACAAUAUGUAAAUUAUCUUUUAAGCCUGGCUUCCAAGAAGCUCAUGAAAAUAUAGCAGAAGUUUAUGAGAAUUUCAGUCAAAGGAAACGAAACGCCAUGGCUACACAGUUUGCUUUAAGAAGACGCAGCGUAAAACAUCCGAACUACCUGACUCAACGAUGACGGGCCGCCUGGCUUUUCAGUUGGAGAUCUUUGUUUGUAAACUAUCUUUAACUGGUCAGUUUAUUACAUUGCAGCCUUCAAAUUUGUAGCCGAAAGAAAAACAAACAUACACGAAACAGAAUUUAUAACAAUUAAGCACCUUUUUCGCUGGUAAAAGCUAGGCGGCAUUUGGCCAGCUGAUUGUGGUCAAGAAGGUUUCUCCCAAAGAAUGCAAGAAAUCGGUGCUACAGAAGGACAUGUUUUGAUGUCUUCCGGAGUUCAUUCAGUUUACAGAAACAUGUGUACUGCAGCUAUUGUUAUGAUCAUUGGCGAGAUUACUACAGAUCUCCCGUGUCUUUUUGCGUUAUCAAACUAUAAAGAUUUUAUCUCAGAUUAAACUUCGUCAUGUUGUCUUGGACCGAUCGAAAUAGAUCACGUGAUAACUCGAUCUUUAAAGACUUUUUAAAAACCCUAAUAGCCUCAAAUAAAAGAAAAAACAAGAACUGAAAAUGUAGUGUUAAAUGUGGCUUUUAAACUAAUCGGUGAGCUCAAAGGGUCCACUGUGAUAUUAACGGUAACAGGCGGCUUUGAGCCAAGAUUCUCAAACUGAUAACCUCGAAGUUCAAGAAUUCCCAGAUCGAAUGUUUUACGUCUUAUGGUAAGUUUCCUAUCAAAUGGAUGUCAGCGGAUAAAUUACUUCAGUUUUUCAGCUCUUGUUUCAACACAUAUAUAAAGCAUAUCUGAGGCAUUAGGAUAAAGGAACUAACAAAGAUUUGAGAAAAAAAAAAUUCUAUUCUUGGAGGGCUGAAAAAAAUCAGGCACACUUUUUCACCUAUUCAAUUUCUUAUUGUCUUUUUGAAAGCUUUUUGGCAGGUUUUAAUUACUUGGAUGUUUGUUAAUACUACCUGUCAGCAGUUUUAAUUAUAAGAUACACGAGCUGAUGUCGCAGCUAUCUUAUUCCAGAUUUUUUUCUUUUAAGCGGAAGGAACAGUACUGGAUCAAAAUUAAACCUCAUCAAUUUGUUCGUUUCUAACGUUUUCCAGGUUAGCCUGUGCUAGGCUCUCAGCCAAAUGAAAAUAAGACGCGCAUGAUCUGGGAAAAGGGGGCGGUGGUGGAAAAAAAAAGGAGCCAAAAAUAGGAGCCCGUUGUCUCUCCCCAGCCCCCGAGCGUUUCUUUACAUCAACUUUAUACGAUACCCUGAAUAAUUAUUCCUCGAGCCCGAAUGGGAGGCCGAAGGCCGAACGGGCUAUCGACUCAAAUCCCACGAGGGCGAGAGGAAAAAUUGUUUUAGUAAAAUCCAGAAUUCAGUGUGUCUACUCAGUAUAUGUUUUAUGCUGGUCAAGUCUUUUAUAGAUCUUACGUUUUGCGGCAUACUCGUUUGCGGUCCUUUUCAGUUUAAAAAUCCAGCUAGUUGGUAAAAAACAUCGAGACAAAACAACUUUAGCUAGCAAAACGCGAUUCAGCCCCUUUCAAAGCCGGCGCUUUCCGCUACUUGUGGUCUAUAACAUAUAGCUUAGUAGAAGCUGAACCAAUCAGAACGCAGCAUUGAUUAUAGACCACAAGUUGAAUUUUACUAACAGGCGUUAUAUAUUUUCGCGUUUUUCAGGCGAGCGAGGGGUGCCGGGCACGCGCUACGGUGGAAGGCGCUCCUCGCUCGCUUGGCGCUUGCCUUCGAUCUCCUGAGAAAAAGCGAAAAAAUAAUGCGUCUUUAUAUGAAGGCUAACUGCACGACUGCGCUAAUAUUUUUAAGCCUGGAACAUGCUAGUUCCAGGUUUGCCACAGGCGUGGCUAGAAGAUACAGUUUUCUAGUUUGUUUGCCAUGGUGACACACUAGAAGUGUGCAGAUGGUUAGAAGAUGUUUUCCUCAAAGUACAUCCGCAAUUAUUAAUAACAGUGCUAAUCAAGGGAACCCAUACGAGUGAAAGAAGCUCUGUGACCUUAGUCAUUUGUAACCUGAGUACAGGAUCGAUCUCUAAAAGAAAACUCGGCCUUCGGUAAGGGGUGAUUCUAUUUACUGUUCCCGUUCUAAUGGAUACAAUUUGAACCAAUCAGAUUGGAUAUAUCCAUCUGCUUUCUGCGCAAACCUGGAAACCGCGCUUGAAACGUUUCUGCGUCCAUCCUUCUUCUUCUCCUGCUCUUUCACCUUACUUCACUGCUACUCAGAGAAGGAAGGAAGGAGUCGUGGAUGAAAGGAAAACAGACGUACCCUCUUUACAUGCUGUCCAUAUAAUCUCCCAUGGUCACCCCACCUAUCAUGUAAACGUGAUCAAAUUAAAAUGAGAGAUUAUAUGGAAAGGCGAGUUACCACAUCUUAGUGGGUUACCUCACCUUCCUCUGGUGUCCCCCACCUCCAUGUAAACAGGCCAUUUCAAGGUGAUGCUAAUUGUCUCUGUUUAGUUAGCUGUUCAUCUUGUUUCUGACACUGCGGAAGAGCAGGGGAGCUGGGCGGGCUCAUUUACCGAACAGCGGCUUUUUAAUUUACCAUAUAUGACGUACCUACCGGAGCCUACACAACGAGCGAUUCAGAGCAGGUUUCAGGUAAGCAAAGAAUUAACUUGUACUUUAAAGUUUCUCUUUUUUAAACUCUCAUGUUAAUGUGCUAACUAUCGCGACAAUCUGUGCUUCGUCUUUGUCGUUUGAAAUUCCCUUAUAACGGGUGUGCAGUCUUAGAUGUCUCAAUGAAAGGUCGCCGCAGUAGAAGCACAAGUUGAUUAAGCGGUCAGUAUAAAAUAUGGACUGCGGACUGCGGACCACGGACUGCGGACUGGGUAUAAAAUACGGACUAGGUAUAAAACGCGGACUCCGGACUGAGUAUAAAACACGGACUAGGUAUAAAACGCGAACUACGGACUAUGUAUAUAAAAACAGCUUUAGAAGGUAAAACUGAGAGAAAUAGAAAGCGGACUAGCAAAAACAGUAGUCCCAGCUUUAACAUUCCCUUGGCUGUUCACGUAGUCUAUUCUUCCCACUGAGAAGGAAGGCCUCAAGGCAACUGAAAUUAGACUCUGAGUUUUAUAAAAAGAAGGAGUUUGAAGAGAUUUCAAUUUGCAGUUUUAAACCAAUAAGAGGCACCGAAUUAAAAAAAAAAAUAGUAUGAUCAGUAAAUUUCUUAUCGGAUGCCACAAUUCCGCUUCAAAUAAAGCCUUGGGAAUAUAAUUAUAAGAACUGAAUGAAGAACUCAGACGAGAAGGUCAAUGCGAUGCACAAAAGCAGUAUUUAGGUGCGAGGGAUUACUCACAUACGUGAAUAAUAACCGAAAUGAGUCAUCCUAUUCUAAACGAUGAUUAUGAUGACAUGAUUUACACCCUGCUCCUGAUCCCCGGAGGGGGUACUACUGGGAAUUCUUGGUGGGGGUGUAGUGCUCGGUUCUCCGAAUCCUGACCUUAUUGCAGACCAAAAAUUGUCAUUUUCCACACCCGUUUUCAGACUAGAUCUUGAAAAUCCAUACCCAUUUUCGGACCUGGCCUAAUUUAGCCUGUUCCAGGUUCUCAGAUAGUUGGGGAGACUCCCCAGUUUUUCCCGUUUUAUUUUCGUGUUUUCGCUUUUUUUCUCAAUUCAGCGGACCCAACUAUCUCAGAGCCUUGAACAGGCUAGGUCUAAUUAGGCAGAAAUAUUGUCAUCAUUACCAAGUUAGAGCGGAAACAAAAAAUUCUCCAAAUGUAUUUGGAAUUCGUGACAUUUCUAUUUCAUGUAUGCUCCCGUAGUUCCCUCGAAAACCAUACCCGAUUCCACACCAAAAUGGGCAAAGUGUUGUCAGACCAAAAAGGCCCAAACCCCCUACCCUUCUAUUAUAGAAGGGAGUACCACCCCUGAUCCUGACCCCUUUCAUGAUUGUUAGAGACCAAGACAAGCUCUAAAAAUGGGUGAAGAAAGUAGCAUUUUGAUCCGGCUCAUGAUUCAGAGAACCGGGCGCGACACCACCACCAAGAAUUUAUAGGAGUAUUUUCAACUUUAACUCACGUGUCUUGCUAUUUAGCGAUCUUUUGAUCAAAUUUUUCCUUACCUAGAACCAAUUUGCACGGUUUUUACCAAAGUAGUCCGUAGUCAGUGUUUUAUACCCAGUCCGCAGUCCGCGUUUUAUACCUUGUCCGUGUUUUAUACCCAGUCCGUAUUUUGUAGUCCGCGUUUUAUACCUAGUCCAUAUUUUAUACCCAGUCCGCAGUCCGUAGUCCGCAGUCCGCAGUCCGUGUUUUAUACUGACCGGUUGAUUAAGUUGUCUUCGUUGUUUUCUCGAUGUAUUUGGAUACGAAACACUUAAAACCUAUCAGGAAAUGUGUUUUGUUUUCCAUUGUUUUAUGUCGCAGUGGAUUGUAAACCCACAAGCUUAACCUUUGAAGGUACAUAACAUUUGCCUAACAUUUGCCAUAAUCCGAAGGAUAAAUUUCUUAACCGCGGGUUCAGUGGGUUUGUUAGGAGAUCAUCCUCAGUCCCCUCCUCUACACUUUUGCACGCUUUUUCUUAUCUUGCACCACUACCCACUAUCACAGGACGUUGCAAAUCGAUUGAAAUCGAUCACCGAAAACGUAAUCGAUUAAUUGAUAGUACUUGAUAAUAGUCGAUAUUUGUCGAUUGAUUAGUUAUUAAAAUAGUAAUCGAUAAAAAUUGAUGAUCACAAAUUUGGCUAGAGUCACUCAUUUUUUUUUCCAUUCAAAGCUGAAGUAACGAGCGGUACAUCUUUUGACUUAUUGAGUGGUUUUGUUUUUUAUGUUUUCGAUAUUUUCCGAUCAAAAUUGAUAAAAUUGAUGGUUUAAUUACAGAAAUCAGUAAAAUUGAUAAUCACAAAAACUCAACUGAUUGAUUUUCAAUGUUAACAGAUAAUUAUAAUCGAUUUCGGUCGAUUACUAUUGAUUUUAAUCGAGUAUCUAAAAUAUUGAUUUGUAACGUCCUGACUAUCAGAAUGACUGGAACAGGAUAGUUUGUUUAUAACUUGAGGUAAAAAUUGCAUUGUUCAAAGCGAGGUUAGAGGACCGGUUAGUCAACCUCAAGUUUACCGUGACUAACUUGCGGUAAGCAUCGCAUGAUACUUUUAUGCACCUAUCAAUGGUUUGCCCAGGGAUGGGGGCAACCCACGGGAGGUUUUCAAAUGUCAAUUUCUCACCUGUGGGGUGAACUAAUAGGCACUCACAACAGCCUUUAUUGUAGCACUGAGCGUCUCCAGAGAGUAAUAAUGGUGACAAAAUAAUGGUACCCACAAACUUUGUGUAUUUCCCCAAGUGUAGAAGACAUAUUCUAGCUGGAUAUUUAGUGCGGCUGGCAAUUUACCAGUAACACACAUUCUAUACUCCGGAAAGUACAGUUGAAUUGUUUCACCCAGUGUUUACUGUUAUACAAAAUGUGCAAUGCCAGAACAUGACAUUAUCAUCUUCAAGAAGGGUUAACGUCUAAUAUAAGGGCUGGUGUUUGUAACUGUGGUCCAGAAUUUCAUUUAAUUGGACAUACAUAUUGGAGUAUACUAGCAAAUCUAUCAUAGAAUUCCAGGACUAUUUCAUGUCUUUACAUACAGUAUGAUUCUUUGAUCUUUUGUUUUAUCAAGAACUUGUGGUAGGGCAGCAUCUGGUGAAAACUUGUAAGUGGAAAGAGUAUUUCCAAAUUACACUUUGUGCAAGUAUUACUUCUCAGUGCUGGGGAACAAAAUACUUUUUGUCAUAAAACUUCGAAGAUAGAUCACUGAUGGGUGUUACUGCACUUUUCACAAACAUGCGAAUUCUGAAGUUCAAAAGCCAACUGACGAUUGCGUUUUUCGCUGCCGUCAAUCAGCUUCACGGACCUCUUAGGAAACAAAACUUUCCUUUAACAGGUUCAAAAGGUCAUGGAUUGUGAUUUCUGAUUGGUGGAUUUCGAUCCGUGUUGUGAGUUUCUCUGUGUCAAGACUCAUUGCUUCUGAUGGUAAUUAUGAUUGACAGCAACGAAAAACGCAAUUGUGAAGGCGGCUUUUGAACUUUAGAGUUCGCAUGUUUGCGAAAAAUGCAGUAAAACAACAUUUCGUUGCUUAACAGGCAACAAGAUACUCCUAACUUUUGUUCUAACAUCCUUCACAUAGAAAUGAACACAUCAAAAUGUGGGAAACUCCACCAGAUUUGAGAUGACUACUGGUUAUUUUCUAAGAUGGAGGACCUCUUAUCACUCAUUCCCAGGUCCUCCACUUUUCAAGAUGGCAGCUGAGUCAAAUUUCCCACCCUGGGGAUGUUCAGGGCUGGGUUGUUUCAAAGCUUGGUCAAGAUAACCCAGGGUUAGUACCAAAUUUGAACUCAGAUAUGAGAGAUUAAAAAGCAAAUUCAGUUUAAUUCUAUUUGCCUACCAUUUGAUGACUGGAUACUCUAAAAAGAACAGAGAAAAUUAUCCGAGAGAGUGCUUUUGAUAAAAAAAAAAAACCCGCAUUAAAAUAUUAUUUAACCCUGGGUGAGUGCUAACUGGUGUUUGAACAACUGGGCCUAGGAUUCAAAUUCCCUACCCACGUGCAUUUCAUUAAGCCUAAUUCCCAUGGGUUGCCCUCCCUUCCCCCAUCCUGGGGCAAACCAUUGUUAGGUGUGUUAAGUUGUUUUUGUCCUAAAAUGGCAACAGUGCUGGAAAACAAGCUACUGUUUGGGAUUUUAGAAUGUGGCUGUUGGCCACAUAAACAGGUGACCACAUUAGCAGAGGUUUUUGCGGGCGACAAGAGGAGCCUGCAGUCUCUAGGUUGUUAUUACCCAUGCGUCGCAUGUAUGUAUCCAGCAUUCGUUUGGACUUCCACUAAGAAUGUAUGGAAUGCACAGCACGCACUUCGAUGACCAGUGUUCGGACCUUCUAUCACUUGAUCACGUAUGUUUUGACCGUCUUUCACAUGAAACUUGCGAAAGCACAGUGCUGGAGCAAAAGCGUUUUGACCUUCGAUUGUUGUCGCUCACACUGCGCAACCGUUGGGUUUUGCUAGUUUAUAUAGAGAAUAUUACACGGUGGUGAGAAGAUAUGAAUUUUAUGUUCGAAUGGCAAGAACAAUAUCUCACGAGUGAGCGCAGCGAACGAGUGAGAUAUUGCUCUUGCCACGAGAACAUAAAAUUCAUAUCUUCGAGCUAACGUGUAAUAUUCUUUUUAUUAUAUAAACAUACUGAUGACGGCGUUUUUGAUGAUUUUCCAAAGAUUUGCGACCACCUUCCGAAGAUUUCCGAAGAUUUUUCAAAUUGUCCCGAAGACCAGACAAACGUUCCCGAACAUUUUCCGAGAAUUUCCGAAAAUUUCCGAAGAUGUCCGAAGAUUUCCCAAGAUUGCUGAGCACUUUCGAGGAAGACCCGAAGAUGUUUCGAUGAUACACCAACGAAUUUAAGUACAAUUUAAGAGACAAACCUGAUGUCAGCGAAAUUAUCGAUAUCUUCAGAUACCACAUUUCUCGGUGGUAGAAAUCCUUGUAAAACACUGCAGUUUAUAUAAUAAAAAUAAAUAUAUGGUCAUUUUGCUGGGCCUAAAAAAAGUGGCCAUAAUAACAAGGUGACUGUAUUACAGAGGUGGCAAUAAGACAGAGUUCCACUGUACAUAGUUGUAAUAAUAAUAAUAAUAAUAAUAAUAGACUUUAUUAUAUAUACACCAAUGAAAUACCAGCAGAGCUUUCAUGCGAAAACUUGAUAUCUUCACAUGUGAAAAUAACAUGUUAUCUUCACAUGUGAAAAUAUCACCGUUGCUAUGGCUACAUGAUAAAUCAUGCCUUUCACACCAAAAAACUUAAAGUGAAAUGGUUUGGUAUUUCAUUGGUGUUUAUAUAAUAAAUAGAACAUUAGAUGGCUGCUUGGAGACACAAAAUUUCUCUUCUCGUGUUGAAAAAAUAUUUCACCCGUUCACUGCUCUCAGUCGUGAAAUAUUUUUCAACACUCUAAGAGAAAUUUCGUAUCUCCGCGCGGCCAUGUAAUAUCCUCUAUUUAUUUAAAGAGGGUAGCACGGAAUUGUUACAGAAACUAGUAAACUUGUGGUCCUCGAUCUAAAUUAAAAUAACAACAAACAUAAGAUUCUGAAUAUACAAAGUCUAAGUAUAUAGUGUACAUGUAUGCACAACAAGAAUUUCAGCACAGGGUCCAGGAGAGUUGAGUUUGAAUGUACAGAUAAUUUGUUUAAGUCUAACCAUGUAAAAUAUUAAUCUUCAUUCCUAAAACAAUAUAAAUAAUAAGCCUAAUGGGAUCUUUACAGAUCCAUUUCAAACAGACUUUUGAUGCCAGGAACCCAUAACCCGGAGCAAGUAACUCUCAUACCAGGCCUAGGUCAUGGCAUUUUCACGGAUCAUUUUUUUUUUUUCAGAUAAAUUGUAGAGCACUUUCCAUGAAAAUGGAAGUUCUGUGUUCAGUGCAAAAUGACAUGACAUGAUCAGUGCAAAAUUCUUGACCAGUGGAAUUUGAAAUUAUGUGGUUUUGUAGAGUCAAAUGCUCAACAGUCUCCCACACAGGUUUUCAAAACUCCUUUGCCAGGCUCACUUAGAACUUGUAACAGCUUAAAUGUUCUAGAUAUAUUUGUAAGAAUUCUUGCAGUAACCUUAUAACCAUGGAAACAGCUAGUAUUGAAGCCUAAUACUCAACCAACAUUUGUCUUACAGGUUUAGGAGGGCUAUUUCAAUUACAUUGUAUAGUACUGACUAAUAGGGUUAGGAACUUCUAAUCCGGGUGUUGUUUCAGCUGGUUGAAAGUCACUUGGUGAAGUGUUGCAUACCAAGUAUUUAAUAACAACGUUUGGCCCAGAGCAUGACCUGUUUCUGUGGAUCCACCUCAUUCUUUGUAUCACUUGAUAACUGAGUUAAGAACUGCUUCUCUUCUCUGUUUCAUAGGUAACUUCACCAUUACGUUCCAUUCUUCAAGCGGAAAAUCCUUGCGAGAAGAGACUUGCGAGAAAAGAUAUACUCAUUUUGAUGUUUUUAUACUCAUUUUGAUGUUUAAAGUAAAAAACAAAUUAACAGUGAACCAAAUUGCGGAUAUUUUUAAUAUCAACGAGGAGAAUAUUAAUAGUAAGAGAUAUAACCUAAGAAAUGCAGAUUUUGUCUUACCUCGGUUUAAAACUGUUACUUAUGGAAAACAUUCUCUCAGAUUUCUCGGACCACAAUUAUGGUCUAAACUAAGCAAGGAGGAGAGAAAUAUUGCAACUUUGGCAACUUUUAGGACAAUGAUACGUAAGAAGGAUGUAACAUCAUUUCUUGAGGGAUGUGGGAGUGAAUGCCGCUUAUGCUUAGAUUAAGAGGACGUACGCAUAUUUACUUAUUCAUUUUAGUGUCCGAGCUAAUAUACGCAUUUAGUUUUUAUAUUGUAAAUUUUCGAACUUAGCUUCGAAGUGUUAAAUCUAGAACUUAGUUUUUAGAGUGUAAAAGAGCACUUAGCUUGAAUAGUGUCAAUUUCCGGCUUUUAUAGUACUUAAUUAGUUUCUAUUAAUGAUGUAAUUUAGUUUUAAAGGUGUCCCCAAUUAGUGCCAAUAGGCACUAGAACGACAAGACACUUUAAUAAAGGUUAUGUAUGUAUGUAUUAUUUUUGUUGGAAGGAUUGCAGUGGGAUCAGGGUCUCUCAGCAAGACACUGCUUGGACAAGGAUAUUUGCAGGAGACAUGUGAAGCUUACCACGGUUGAUGUAAACAGCUGGGAAACACUUGCAAGUGACACAAUGUGUGGAUUCUGGAUGGCCUGGUUUCAGAUGCUUGAGUUGAAUAUGGAGAUCGAUGGCCUGGUGCAAUGUUGGAGUAGCUGGCUGCAUUGAUCUUCAUGUACCUCUUCUAUACCCUCUUGAAACAGUAAAUGGCCAAGUGACACAAUGUGUCUGGAAUCUGGAUGUUCUGUUUUCAGAUGCUUGAUAAUUAUGGAGCCUGAGUACCACAAGAACUGGCCAGGUGCUGCACUGGAGCACCAUGUUGCCGUCACCCACAAAUGCCUCUCAGCUGUCUGCCUUGACCUUGGCUAGCUUCAUGUACCUCGUCUAGAUACCCUCUGGAACAGUGGACUGCCAACAGAUGUCGAGCACACUGGAAGCUUUCCUUACGGAUGUCUUUUGGUGUGAGGCUGUCGUUCAUUCUGCAGACAAGCUUAGGCACAGUGGUAGAUGAAUGGUAGUGGAGUCUGCACCUGCAUGAGAUACAUGUAUUUCCCUUCAAGUAAAGCACUUGGUAAGUAUUCGACCUAUUUCCAUGUUCAUCGAUAUCCUGUGUUGGUCCUGCAAGAAUGAAUGCCAUUUGCUAAAUCCUUUAUUGACAAAAGCUUGUUUGGUUAACACAGCUAGAUAUUGGCCUUGUUCUUAUUUGUAUCGUUAUUUCAGUCCCAAAAAAUGCGUAAAAGAAUUUUGCCACUAUCGAGCCAUCUAGACCUUAUGCUUUGCCACUAAUGCAUAAUUAUGCAUAAUGAGAAACGUAGAGGAUAUUACAAUGGUUUUGAACACCAAGAAGAGAA